AUGCAGUCCCACUUGGAUGAAAGAGACAUAAACACCUGCAGAGCCCUGGCGCGGCCCCAGGAAGCGCCCUCCGCCUCCCCGCCCGCGGGUUUGUUCAGAAACCGCCCCCGACUCGGUGUAGCGAUGGAGCCCACGGCCGCCACCAAGUUCACAGGGCGCUUGCCGCUCCUGUUUCUACUGCUGCGGCUGCUGCGCGGGAUCACCGCGGCACAGUCCGGGUUGGUCGUGGCCGUGACGCCCGGGGAGCAGAGAAAGGUGAAUGCUCUCUCCCUUUCCUACAAUUUCUCCAUCACAUCUCAAGCCGGGCCUGGACAAUCGUGGUGUGAGAUUCAAGUCCAGGUCAAUGGAAACAAGUUUCUUUCCUAUGACUGUCAGACCAAGGAGUUCAAACCCAUUGGUCCUUGGGGGAUGAAGCUGAAGGACACAGCAUUUUGGCAGAAACAGGAGGAAACUGUGAAACUCCUGGUGGAAGAGCUCAGAAAGAAACUGCUGGACAUCAAAGCAGAGAAUUUCACUAAGAGCGGUUCUCUCACUAUGCAGGGCAGGCUCAUGUGUGAGCGUGGGGCCGAUGGACAUGCCAGAGAAUCCUGGCAGCUUGACUUCAAUGAGCAGAUAACACCACUCUUUGAACUGGAGAACAGAAAGUGGACAGUGGAUCAUUCUGGAGGCCAACAGGUUAAGGAUAUGUUGGAUGGUGACAGAGAGUUGACCGAGCCCCUCAUGAAGAUCACAAACGGAGACUGUCAGAGCUGGCUUCAGCAAGUGUGGGAGCACUGGGAUGAAACGCAGAAGACCACAGUGCCACCAACCACGCGGCAAGACAUGGCCCAGACCAGGAACAUCUGGAUCUUCAUCAUGAGCUCCAUCAUCGCCAGCCUCAUCGUCCUCAUCAUAAUUUGCAUAAUCAUCAUCAAAAAUCAACACUCUGUGUAG